AGCAAAAGUAGAUUGCACAAUCCGAGCUUGACAGCAGGUUCGUAGAAAAGGCAGAGGUGGAAAUUCCACACUCAAGCCCCACCUUCUCCAUGCUAUAAAUUUGGACAGAGGCUUCUGGAGUGAGAACCAAAGCAGAAGAGGAGCAAGCAGCCUUGGAUUGAGAAGCGCAGGUAAGGAGGCCUCCAUAGAUUCCCCUCCCACCUGGUUCCUGGUCACAGGCAUCCUCCUCUCUCGGUGGCUCUGCUGAGGAGAUGAUGGAUGGGGAGACUUCCUUUGGAGAGGAUACCCAAGCUCACCUUUGCAGCCAAAUCCUGAAGCUCCUUCCCCUCCACCCUGCAGCCCCUUCCACCCAGAUUGCCAGAGCUUGCCCCCUGCCAAUUGGGGUUGCCAAGAGAAGCUUCCAGGGAAUGGUCAUGUCUUUCAGAUACUGGCAGGUUGCAGCUCAAGAGGCAAAAUGGUGUAGUGGUUAGAGCAGGUGUUGGCGUGUCACGCAAACGCUCCCCGUGCUCCUGCCAGGGCUGGAAAGAGGUUUAUUUAACCUCAGGUUUGCUAGGAAAACUCAAUUACUGCGUCGCGAAAUGAUGCAUGUCUAAAAAAGUGUGUCACCAAUAUGAAAAGUUUGGAAAGGUCUGGGUUAGUGUGACGGAAUGGGAGCUGGGUUCAAAUCCUUCCACACAGCCACGAAUGACGCUUGCUGGGUGGUGAAUUUGGGCCAGCCGCUACCUCUCAACCCAGCCUACCUUACAAGAUUGUUGUGGGGAUUAAAUGAGGAGGAGGGAUGAACCAUGUACGCCACCUUGAGCUCAUUUGAGAAAAAGGUGGGAUAUAUAAAUGAAAUAAAUAAGGGUCUAAGGCAGGGGCAGGCAACCUAACGCCCGUGGGCCAGAUGCAGCCCAAUCGCCUUCUCAAUCCGGCCCACAGAUGAUGAGGGAUUCAGCAUGUUUUUACAUGAGUGGAAUGUGUCCUUUUAUUUAAAAUGCGUCUCUGGGUUAUUUGCGGGGCCUGCCUGGUGUUUUUACAUGAGUAGAAUGUGUCCUUUUAUUUAAAAUGCAUCUCUGGGUUAUUUGCGGGGCCUGCCUGGUGUUUUUACAUGAGUAGAAUGUGUGCUUUUAUUUAAAAUGCAUCUAUGGGUUAUUUGUGGGGGCAUAGGAAUUCGUUCAUUUUUUUCUUCAAAAUAUAGUCUGGCUCCCCACAAGGUCUGAGGGAUGGUGGACCGGCCUCCUGCUGAAAAAGUUUGCUGACCCCUGCACUAGAAUAUAGGAUCUAUGUUUACCAAUAAAUCAUUGGAAAAUACUUACUAGAUUUUUGGUUUUAUUAAUCUAUCUAAGGAUUUGUUUUUCACUGGGUCGUGAACAACAACUUCCAGCAACAAAACAAUUUUUCUGGCCCUGAGCUGUGGUAUGUCUAAGGCCCAGCUAGCAUGAGUUGCCAUAUUUUGAAGAGCAAAAAGGAGGACGCUAUGAUGACUCUCAUUUUAAAUACCCCUGCUCUAUGUAGGCUAUAAAAGGGACGCGGGUGGUGCUGUGGUCUAAAGCACAGAGCCUAGGGCUUGCUGAUCAGAAGGUCGGUGGUUCGAAUCCCCGCGAUGGAGUGAGCUCCCGUUGCUUGGUCCCAGCUCCUGCCAACCUAGCAGUUUGAAAGCAUGUCAAAGUGCAAGUAGAUAAAUAGGUACCGCUCCAGUGGGAAGGUAAACAGCGUUUCCGUGCGCUGCUCUGGUUCGCCAGAAGCGGCUUAGUCAUGAUGGCCACAUGACCCGGAAGCUGUACGCCGGCUCCCUCGGCCAGUAAAGCAAGAUGAGCGCCGCAACCCCAGAGUCGUCCGCGACGUUACCUAACUGUCAGGCGUCCCUUUACCUUUAUGUAGGCUAUAGAAGCUGUAGUAUAUUUCUAUGGGGGGGGGCAGGAGGAGAGAAGAGGAAAGCAAGCCUUCAACCACCAGUUAUGUCUAUGUCUCAACCAGAAAGUACCGUAUUUUUCGCUCUAUAGGACGCACCGGACCAUAGGAGGGGGAGAACGGGGGGGGGGGAUUUUUUCUUGUUCUCCCCCUCUAAAACAAGGUGCGUUCAAGGUGCAUUCACCCAAAGCCUCCGGAGCGCAGCGGGAGUUCCCGCUGCGCUCUGGAGGCUUCAGGCGGCUACCUUGGAAGCCUGGAGAGCGAGAGGGGUCGGUGCACACUGACCCCUCUCGUUCUCCAGGCUUCAAUGAAGGCAACCCGAAGCCUCUGGAGCACGCAGGGAGUUCCCGCUGGGCUCCGGAGGCUUGGCUUCAGGUUCCUUUCGACCUGCUCUUUAGGGCUGGCGGGGGGGAGCGCUGCUUUCCCCCACCGCCAGCCCCAAAGAGCAGGUCGGGGAACAGCGAAAAGGCUGUGCGCAGCCUUGCCGCUGCCCCCCGAGCUUGUGGGGGAGCACUGCUUUCCCCCACCACCAGCCUCAAAGAUCCCUGAAGCCUUUGGAGCGCAGCGCGAGGUCCCACUGCGCUCCAAAGGCUUCAGGGAUAGCUUUGCACAGCCAUCCCCAAGCUAGAAGAGCGAGACGGAACCCUCCGUAUCGCUGUUCUGGCUUGGGAACAGCCUUUCUAGCCUCUGCAGGGCAGCGGGGUGAAGGCACCCUGUUGCCCUGCACAGUGGCGUAGCGUGGGGGGUGCAGGGGGGGCCGGCCGCACUGGGCGCAACAUCUGGGGGUUAGGGUUAGGGGGCGCAAAUCCACGGGUUAGGGGGUGCAAAUUACUUGCCUUGCCCCGGGUCCUGACAACCCACGCUACGCCCCUGGCACUGCAGAGGCUUUGUGUGCAGCCAUCCCCAAGCUAGAACAGCGAGAUGGAGCGCUCUGCAGCGCUCUGUCUCCCUGUUCUGGCUUUGGGCUUAGCCGCGCAGCCUGCAUUCGCUCUAUAGGAUGCACACACAUUUCACCUUAAUUUUUGGAGGGGGAAAAGUGCGUCCUACAGAGCGAAAAAUACGUUAUAGCCAGAGACAUUUCAGCAAAUUUUAAAAAUCCACCUGGACAGAAAUUUUACCCCUGAAAAAGAGGAUGUGUCCUGGAAAAAGGGGGCACAUGGCCACUCUAUUCACGGGGGGGGGGGCUGUGGCUGGUGGGGCUCACCCUUGCACUUUUCCCUUUCCAGACGCAACCAUGGCCAGAGUCCCAGAUGUGCUGCUGAGAGACAUCAGGUGAGAAUCUUCCCCGCUUUCCUUGCUGGGUCAUCUGCACUCCUGGUACCUGCUUAUGCAGAGGCAGAAGCAGGGUUUUCUGUGGUGGGGUGUGAUGGGUGGCCCCAUAGGAAGUCAUGGAGCGCCCCCCGCCCCCCCAGUCCAUGAACCUCAUCAUUGCUCCUCAGCAGGGCCCUUCUCAGGACUGACCUACUUGCUGCCUGGAACAGAGCACAAGAUGCUCACAAACACCACAGCUUUGCAUGCAACUUGGGUGGCUGUAAAAGAGGAGUAGGUUGUCAAUGGCUACUAGCCGUUGCCAGAGGCUGCGCUCUGCGUUCCCAGUUGAAGGCAGCAAUGCUCCCGGAUGCCAGUUGCUGGCAAACUGGGGGACCGGAGAGGACUCUUGCGCUCCAAACCUGCUAGCAGGUUUCCCCUAAAGGGAACUACAACUAAUCCCAUAAUUGGAACUACAACUAAUCCAGAAUGCAGCAACUAGACUGGUGACUGGGAGAGGCCGCCGAGACCACAUAACACCCGUCUUGAAAGACCUACACUGGCUCCCAGUACGUUUCUGAGCACAAUUCAAAGUAUUGGUGCUGACCUUUAAAGCCCUAAACGGCCUCGGUCCAGUAUAUCUGAAGGAGCGUCUCCACCCCCAUCAUUCUGCCCAGACGCUGAGGUCCAGCACCGAGGGCCUUCUGGUGGAUCCCUCACUACGAGAAGCCAAGUUACAGGGAACCAGGCAGAGGGCCUUCUCGGUAGUGGCACCCACCCUGUGGAACGCCCUCCCACCAGAUGUCAAAGAGAACAACAACUACCAGACUUUUAGAAGACAUCUGAAGGCAGCCCUCUUUAGGGAAGCUUUUAAUGUUUGAUGCAUUACUGUACAGUGGUACCUCGGGUUACAUACGCUUCAGGUUACAGACUCUGCUAACCCAGAAUUAGUACCUUGGGUUAAGAACUUUGCUUCAGGAUGAGAACAAGAAUCGUGCUGUAGCGGCGCAGCGGCAGCAGGAGGCCGCAUUAGCUAAAGUGGUGCUUCAGAUUUAGAACAGUUUCAGGUUAAGAACAGACCUCCAGAACGAAGGAGGUACCACUGUAUUUUAAUAUUUUGUUGAAAGCCGCCCAGAGUGGCUGGGGAAGCCCAGCCAGAUGGGCGGGGUAUAAAUAAUAAAUAAUUAUAUUAUUAUUAUAAUGGGCACCUGGUUGGCCACGGUAAGAACAGAAUGCUGUACCAAAUGGACCAUUGGCCUGAUCCAGCAGACGCUUCUGAUGUUCUUACACAGAAGCCAAAUCUACCAGCAGCUGAAUCUUGCCUCCAUGCCAGCAACCUUGAGGGCCAGGGGCUUAUGACAGAGACUCAGUCCAGGUACCCACAGCUCAUACCCCCAAGGAAACAGUGCGGAGCAGAGGCAGAAGAUGCUGGGGGGCCGAGCAGCUAUGAAUGCCAUGCAGGUGCCAGACUCCAUAUUGUCCUUUGCCUUAAGCAACUAAAUCUCUUGGCCUGGAGGAACAGCCUUCCUUGCUUGUUGUUAGCCGCUCUGAGCCCGGCUUUGGCUGGGGAGGGCAGGAUAUAAGUAAAAAAUUAUUAUUAUUAUUGCUUUCCAGCAGUUGUCACCUGAGACAGUUCCUGCCUCCCUCUGCCAAUCUUCAUUUGUACCGUAUUUUUCGCUCUAUAAGACGCACCUGACCACAAGACGCACCUAGUUUUUGGAGGAGGAAAACAAGAUAUGAUAUUUAUUAAAAUUUCAAAAGAAAAAGAUUACAUUAAUAAGAAAAUUAACAAUAAAAAGGAAAAAUACAAGGUACAAAAAAGAAAAAACAGUUAAAAACAAUUCCAUCUUUUCAUCACUUCUCUUACAUUUACUUGUUUCCCGGACCUCCUCAUACCUCCCUCUUUUGUAUUCCAAUUCAAUUUGUUAGUCCAGCAAUUCCUUUCCCUCCUUUUUAAUCCUGAUCUUUAAUCUUAAUAUAUUAUAACAUUAAAUUUUUACGUAUUAAAAACCAAUUUUUCCAUAUUCUUUUAUACCAUUACAGCUAGAAACCACUUAACUUCAAUCCGACAUCAUUCUAACAUUCAUUAAUUUUACAAUAUUUCUGUAAGUAGUCUUUAAAUUUCUUCCAAUCUUCUUCCACCGACUCUUCUCCCUAGUCUCGGAUUCUGCCAGUCAUUUCCGCCAAUUCCAUGUAGUCCAUCAUUUUCAUCUGCCAUUCCUCCAGUGUGGGUAGAUCUUGUGUCUUCCAAUGCUUUGCAAUAAGUAUUCUUGCUGCUGUUCAGAAUCUAAACUCUCUUCUUCACCUCCUUCCCCGUCCCCCUUCCCUUCUAGUGAGGAAGAGAUGGAGAUGGAGUUCUCAUUCGGUAACGAGGUAAGAAACCUUCAGCAUUUUGGCGGGUGGGAAGGGAAAACCCCAUAACCCAGCUCACCCCCUUAUUCAGCUCCCACUUGGGAAGAAGGGUGGCUUGCAAGGCUAUCAGAGUGGCUUCAAUAGUACCCAGAGGGCAGGGGAGGCUUGGGGCUCAGCCCAGGAAUUCGCCCUUCCAGGCAGAGAGCCGUAGGCCAAGGUGUUUUUCACCUGGCAUUUAAGCACAGUGCCACAGUUAGGCUCAGUGCCCUUGUUGGGGAGGGACACAGCCCCAGAUCUUUUCCGCCAGGCCCCCAGGCCUCCUGCUCUUCCUCCCUCUACCCUCCCCUAUGAAAAACACUGUUCAGAAUAGCGGCGUGAAUGAGCUGUCAAUGAAGAUAACACAAUGAAAUUUUCUUUUCUUUUCAAUAUAUUUUUUAUUGAAUUUUACACAAUUUUUCCAACACAAGAUGACAAAUCCUUGGCUGUCGUAGCCUAGGACUUCCAUCAACCUCUUCUAAUGGUUUUCUGAAUUCCUUUCCAAUUACCGAAUUUUUCCGCUCCAUAAGACGCACCUGACCACUUUUUUACAUUCCCACCACACGCGGUGAAACGUGCCCUCUUUUUCUUUACAUUUCCAACAUGUAUUACCGUAUUUGUUUUAUACAUCUUGGCUAGUUUCACCAGUGUUAUAUACCAUCUGUACACCAUUUUCAUUAUAUUUUCUUUUAAUGCACUGCAGGCAGUAAAGUUUAUUCCUUCUCUCCAUAACCUCCCCCAAUUGUCUAUUGGUAUAGGUAAAGGUAAAAGGACCCCUGACCAUUUAGGUCCAGUCGUGGCCGACUCUGGGGUUGCGGCGCUCAUCUUGCUUUACUGGCCGAGGGAGCUGGCGUACAGUCAGGUGGCCAGCAUGACUAAGCCGCUUCUGGCGAACCAGAGCAGCGAACGGAAACGCCAUUUACCUUCUCGCCAAAGCAGUACCUAUUUAUCUACUUGCACUUUGACGUGCUUUCGAACUGCUAGGUUCGCAGGAGCAGGGAAACCAGAGCAGAGCAUGGAAACACCGUUUACCUUCCCACCAGAGUGGUACCUAUUUAUCUAUGGGGAGCUCACCCCAUCGCAGGGAUUCGAACCGCCGACCUUCUGAUCGGCAAGUCCUAGGCUCUGUGGUUUAACCCACAGCGCCACCUGUGUCUAUUGGUAUAUUAUGCCCUAUAUCUUUAGCCCAAUGUAUCAUUACUACAACGAAAAUUUCUAAACAGCAACAAUUAAUAACUGCACCUUUAUUCAAAACCCAGUUGGAACGGUUUAGCUGAAUUAAUUUAACAGAACUGAUGAACUUGAUCUGGUGAUACCAGCUUUGCAAAGUCUGAUAUACCUCCAGUGCCUCCUGCUGCCUGCUUGCCUUUUAGCAUUCUGCCCCCUAGCGAAUCCCACUGCCCCACACUGCUCUGAGGGAACAAAUAAAGAGGGGGGGUCCACAUCUGUGAUGACCUGCUGCUGCUGCUGCUACUGCUGCUGCUGCAGUGCUUACAAAAAGAAAAACCUGGAUAUUCUGCAACCUGAAGAAAGGCUAACAAUAUAAUAAUAAUAAUAAUAAUAAAAAUACAUUUUUAUUUAUACCCCACCCUUCCCGGUUCAAAAACCGGGCUCAGGGCAGCUAACAACAAAUUUAAAACACUUAAUUGCAAAAGCAGCAUAAAAUACAGUAUAAAAACAUGAAUAACAAUAAAAUUCAAAAGUCAGACAUCAAUUUAGGGGAAAUAAGCAUUAGAUAAUCCCCAGGGCUAGCUGGCUGAAUUGGUCCUACUUGGGCCAGUGAGGAGGAGGCCUGGGGAGAAUUAGCUGUGGGGUCUCAGAGAGGGUAAUCUUCAUAAAAGGGGAGGGGGAGGGAAGAGAAGGGAAACAAAAGAUCUGGCUGAAUUCAAAUUAAAUGCCAGAUGGAAUAGCUCUGUCUUAUAGGCCUGACAGAAGGAGGUUAAAUCCUAAAGUCUCAUGGGACAGAGCAUCCCACCAGGUCGGAGCCAUCACUGAAAAGGCCCUGGCCCUCACUCCCCGCGAUGGAGUGAGCUCCCCUUGCUCGGUCCCUGCUCCUGCCAACCUAGCAGUUUGAAAGCAGGUAAAGUGCAAGUAGAUAAAUAGGUACCGCUCCGGCAGGAAGGUAAACAGCGUUUGCGCGCGCUGCUCUGGUUCGCCAGAAGCGGUUUAGUCAUGCUGACCACAUGACCCGGAACCUGUAAGCCGGCUCCCUUAGCCAAUAAAGCGAGAUGAGCGCCACAACCCCAGAGUUGGCCACGACUGCACCUAAUGGUCAGGGGUCCCUUUACCUUUUUAGCAUAUCUCCUCUUAGUCAUCUUCUCUCCAAACUUAAACAUAUUCAACUCCCUCAAGAGUUCCUCAUAAGGAAGGAAGAGGGAUUGACCUGGUUUCUUCUGAAGUUCUGGCCUAGGAUGUUACUUCUGCUCCUCUGAUAAGGCUGUAGCUUAGUUAUCUGGCUGUAACUGCUCUUUACGUACUUAAUUUCUACGCAUGUGUAAAGCUAAGGCUGAGAGAUGCCUCUCUAUACGCUUGUGUAAAGUAAAUGCCUUGCGGACUCCACCUUUGUGUGUUCCCCAGUGGCGGCUGUAGUUCCGGCCGAGCAAAGCUGCCUCAAACGUUACAGCUCGGUCUGGUUAGAAUUACAGACUUGGAAGGGGCACUGCAGUGGUCAUCCAGCCCAACCCCCUGCAAUGCAGGGAUCACACAAAAAAGCAUUCCUGUUAGAUGGCUGCCCAACCUCUGUUCAAAAACCUCCAAUGAAGGAAAGUCCACCACCUUCCACUGUGGAACAGCUCUUGCCACCAGAAAGUUAUUCUGAAUGUUUAGUUGGAAUCUCUUUUCUUGUAACGGAGAGACAGUGUGGUGCAAUGGUACCUACGGGACCACCUCUCCUGGUAUGCCCCACAGAGGACCUUAAGGUCCAUAAAUAGCAACACCCUAGAGGUCCCUAAGGAAGUUAGAUUAGCCUCAACCAGAGCCAGGGCCUUUUCAACAUUGGCUCCAGCCUGGUGGAACGCUCUGUCUCACGAGACCAGGGCCCUGCGAGAUCUGAUUUCUUUCCUCAGAGCCUGUAAGACAGAGUUGUUCCACCUAGCCUUUGGCUUGGAAUCAACUUGAUCCCCUCCCCCUCUUUCCUUUUUCCUUUCUCCUUCUGUGAGGGAACUCCUAUUUGGGGACUUCCCUGGCUUUUUUCUGGCCCAGUCUGGAUAGUUGGCCUUGGUGAAGAUUUGACGUUUUCAUCCCCAAAAAGUUUUUGAUUUGAGUUUCUACUGAAAUAAGGCUGCUGUUGUAUUUUAAUAUUGUUUUUAAGUUGUAUUUCAAUCAAUUGUUUUUAUACCUGGUGUUAGCCGCCCUGAGCCUGGUGUUGGCUGGGGAGGGCGGGGUAUAAAGAAUUAUUAUUAUUAUUAUUAUUAUUAUUAUUAUUAUUAUUAUUAUGUUUGAUCUGAAAGAUGAGGGUUCCCACUUGGCCAUGAACCUCUCGAGGUAACCUUGGGCCAGUCACCGUCUCUCAGCCUACGUCACAGAGUUGUUGCAGAGAUUAAAUAAGGAAAAAAGAGAUAUAAAUGCAGUAAACAACAACAGCAUUAGUCAGUUGAAGAAAAUUGCCCCCCCCCCCCGUGAACCAGUAAAAGGUCCUGAGCAUUUUUUAAAAAAAAAUAAAAAUUUUUGAUUUUCCAAAAAAAAUUUAAACAAACAUAAAUGUCAACCAUAUUUAAACCAAUCUUAGUGACAUUGUUAAGUGACUGCCUCGUAUCCCCCUAGUUGAAUUUCAGUGUAUAUCGUUUUAACAGUUUUCCAAAAUCAAAUUUUCUCAUAAAAUUAACUUAAUCACUUAACGUCUUUCUUUCUUUCUGUUUUAGCAUUAAACAUAUUAAUUCCUAACAUUACAUAUUUAAAUCCUAAGUCUAUCUGAUAUUUGCAAGCUUUUCCAAUUAAAUUAACUUAACAUAUUUAAAGUUUGACCAAACUGCGGGAGGCAGUAGAAGACAGGAGUGCCUGGCGUGCUCUGGUCCAUGGGGUCAUGAAGAGGCGGACACGACUAAACGACAAGAACAACAACAACAACAUAUUUAACUAAAUAGUCUUUGCAUUUCAUCCAUUCCUCCUGGUACUCCUCCUCCUCCUGGUCGCGGACUCUUCCAGUCAGGUUAGCUAGCUCCAAAAAACCCAUCAUCUUCAUCUGCCAUCCCUCCAUUGUAGGGACUUCUUGUGUUUUCCAAUUCUUAGCUAACAAAAUUCUUGCUGCAGUUGUGGCAUACAAAAACAAUUUGACAUCUUUCUUGGGCAAUUCCAAACCUGUUAUUCCAAGAAGCGCCUGAGCAUUCUUAUCAGCAGCAGACAACAGCAGCAACCACUUCCUUCCCUCGGGUGCCCGAGAGCCAAGCCCUUGGCUGGGUGCAAUGGGAGCAGGCGGAAGAGAAGGGGCGAAUGCAGGGUGCAUUUGGAGGGAGCGGCAGGAGGUCUCUUCAGAAUGAGCCAGGGCUGCUCCCCCUAGCUCUUUCCAUAAGGGUACACCUUGCGCUGUUUGUUCCAAGGCCCCUUUCUGACUAUUCCAGCUGAUUUCCCCCCUAUAGAUCUCCUUCUAUCAGUCGUUCCAGCACGCAGGUAUCCUUUCCGUUCUAGAAGAUGCCGCAACCAAGCCCAGCACGCAGCCACCGAGACGGAGAAGGCCCAGCCGCAGCAGGCUGUUCACAGAUGCCGACCUGAGUGCGAUGCUGACCAGCAACUUGGUGGAAGGUACUAAGCUCCCUCUAUUCAGCCCGUCCCAGUUUUGAGUGGUGAGGAGGUCCAAAGGAUGGCAGUGCUCUAAAAGGGGAUUGGAUGUCCUCAUGGAGGAGGAAGCCAUUGACAGCUACUAGCCAUUACGGCCGGGCUCUGGCUCCACAGUUGGAGGCAGCAGUGCUUCUGAAUGUCCGUUGCUGGAAACCACAGGAGGGGAGAGGGUCCUAGUGGUCAAAUCCUGCUUGCUGGUUUUCUACAGGGAUUUGGGUGGCCCCUGUGAGACAGGAAGCUGGACUUAGACGGUCCAUUCGGCUGAUCCAACAGGCUCUGCUUAUGUUCUUUUUUUAAUCUAUAUAUAUAAAUUUUUAUUAGUUUUUUAACAUACCAUUUUCAACAGUAAUUAAACAUACUUUUACAUCUCAUACAAUUUUUUGACUUCCAUCAAUCCUGUCUGAAAAUUUUCCAAUCUAAUCUCUUAGUAUACAUUUCUUAUUUCCCCUAUUACAUUUAAUACUCAUAACCAAUAUCUCUAUUCUUUAUCUAAUUUGUAACGUUUCAUAUAUUUCUCCUUACAAAGCUUCUUGUAAUCCUACUAGCGUAAUUGGUUGAUUACAAUUGCUCUUCAAAUAGUUCAUAUACUUCUUCCAAUCUUCUGUAAAUCUCUGUUCCCACAGGUUUCAAAUCCUUCCUGUCAUUUUGUCCAGUUCUGCAUAGUCCAUUAAUUUUGUCUGCCAUUCUUCUUUCAUCGGAAUUUCUUCUUGCUUCCAUUUCUGGGCUAACAAUACUCUUGCUGCUGUUGUUGCAUAUAAAAACAGUUUAACAUCUUGCCUAUUAAUAUCCUGACCUAUAAUACCAAGUAAAAAUGCUUCUGGAUUUUUAAAAAAGGUAUAUUUCAACAUCUUUUUUAUCUCGUUAUAUAUCAUUUCCCAGAAGUUCUUUACUUUCUUACACUCCCACCAUAUAUGCUAAAAUGUUCCUUCUGGCUCUGCUUAUGUUCUUAUGCAAGUUCCCACAUGGCCAUGAGGCUCGCUGGGUGACAUUAGCCCCACCUAAUGCGGGUGGCGCUGUGGGUAAACCACAGAGCCUAGGACGUGCCGAUCAGAAGGUCGGUGGUUCGAAUCCCCGCGACGGGGUGAGCUCCCGUUGCUCGGUCCCUGCUCCUGCCAACCUAGCAGUUCGAAAGCCCGCCAAAGUGUAAGUAGAUAAAUAGGUAGCGCUCCGGCGGGAAGGUAAACGGCGUUUCCGUGCGCUGCAACCCCAGAGUCAGUCACGACUGGACCUAAUGGUCAGGGGUCCCUUUACCUUUACCUUUACCCUACCUCACAGGGAAACAUGAGCUGGCAGAGAACCAUGUGUACCAAUCUGAGGUCUUUAGAGGAUAAAGAUGUGUUAAGAUUGGGAGAAUAUCGCUUCCACCAGAAGGAGCGACGAGAGGAUUGUUCUGGAAGGGUUGUAGCAAGAGCUUCCAAGUCUUGCUGGCCUUUCCCUUGUGCUGACCAUAAUGCUCCCUGUUCCCUCUUGCAUGUCCAGGUCCAUCCUCCUUUGCUGAAGCCAGCCUUGUGUCUUCAGGGCUUCCGUCUGCUUACACCUAUGACAAGGUGCAAAGGUGGACCAUCCAAGAUCUGGACAACAAGUGCUUUUUCCUGGACGGGACCCCAGGGCAGCCCAAGCUCCUUGCCUUGCACUUACAAGUCAACGACAAGCCAGGUAAGGAAUCAUGUAAGUGUAGAGCUAGAAGGGACCCUCCGGGGUCAUCUAGUCCAGUGUUUCCCAACCUUGGGCCUCCAGCUGUUUUCGAACUACAAUUCCCAUCAUCCCUGACCACUGGUCUUGCUAGCUGAGGAUUAUGGGAGUUGUAGUCCAAAAACAGCUGGAGGCCCAAGGUUGGGAAAUGCUGAUCUAGUCCAACCCCCUGCAAAGCUAAAUAAUCUCUCACUGAUGGCCAUCCAACCUCUGCUUUAAAAUCUCCAAUGAAGGAGAAUCUGCCGCCUUCUGAGGGAGUCCAGUUGCACUGUGCAAUGGCUCUUACCAGCAGAAAGUUCUUCCUAACAUUUUUUUUAAAUGAUAUUUAUUAAAAUUUCAAAGAAUACAAAAACAAAAAAUAAAAAUACAAGAAAAUACAAGAUACAGAAAAAAGAAUAAAAUUUUUAAAAUAUAACAAAAAAAAGAAAAAUAAAGAAAAACAUACAAGAUAAAAACAGUUAAAAACACGUUAACUUUCCAUAGCAUAUCUUCCUUACCCUUAUUUCCCUGGACCUCCUCCUACCUCCCUUUUUGUAUUCCAGUUCAGUUUGUUAGUUCAGCAAAUCCUUACCAUAAGCUUUUACCCAUUUGUAAACCAUUUUUCGUAUCUCUUAAAGCAUUACAGCUGGAAACCACUUAGUUUCUAUCCAACAUCCUUCUAAGAUUCAUUAAUUUUACAAUAUUUCUGUAAAAAGUAUUUAAAUUUCUUCCAGUCUUCUUUCACCGACUCUUCUCCCUGGUCUCGGAUUCUGCCAGUCAUUUCUGCCAAUUCCAUGUAGUCAAUCACCUUCAUCUGCCAUUCUUCCAGAGUGGGUAGAUCUAGUGUCUUCCAAUGCUUUGCAAUGAGUAUUCUUGCUGCUGUUGUAGCAUACAUAAAGAAAGUUCUGUCCUUCUUUGGCACCAAUUGGCCGACAAUGCCCAGGAGAAAGGCCUCUGGUUUCUUCAAGAAGGUAUAUUUAAAUACCUUUUUCAGUUCAUUAUAUAUCAUUUCCCAGAAAGCCUUAAUCUUUGGGCAAGUUCUUCCUAACAUUUACUCAGAAUCUCCUUCCUUGCCAUUUGAACCCAUUGGUCUGGGUUCUGCCCUCUGGAGCAGCAGAAGACAAGCUGGCUCCAUCUUCUGUGGGACAGCCCUUCAGAUAUUUGAAAGUGCCAGCUCGCCACCUCUCCAUCUUCCCUCAUACACCAGCCUCCCUCCUUUCUCCUGCCAAGCACCACUGUAGGGCGAGUUAUAGAUGCUCCAAGGCAUCUGGAGGGUGCCAGGGUGUGGCAGGCUGGCCAAUGUCCAUGCUAGGUCUGCCUCCAAUGGUCUCCAACAGUUUGGUCAAUGAAAGAUAGGGAAACAAUAAGAGGGUCUUCUCUGUGCUAGCUCCCAGUUUGUGGCAUGCCCAGCCUCCUCAUGGCAUAUAUUUCGAUGUCAGGGCAAGGUACAUCUUUUUGCAGGUGGAGGGCGAGAUCAGAACAUCCCUGGCAUCUAAUGCUUAUGUAUCAGGUCAGAGGUCAGCAAACUAUUUCAGCAGGGGGCCGGUCCACUGUCCCUCAGACCUUGUGGAAAUGAACAAAUUCCUAUGCCCCAGAAAUAACCCAGAGAUGCAUUUUAAAUACAGUGGUACCUCGGUUUACAUACGCUUCAGGAUACAUACGCUUCAGGUUACAGACUCCGCUAACCCAGAAAUAUUACUUUGCUUCAGGAUGAGAUGUGAAAUUGUGCUCCGGCAGUGCGGCGGCAGCAGGAGGCCCCAUUAGCUAAAGCGGUGCUUCAGGUUAAGAACAGUUUCAGGUUAAGAACGGACCUCCGGAACGAAGUACUUAACCCGAGGUACCACUGUACAGUCAUACCUCGGGAUGAAUACGCUUCAGCUUAAAUAUUUUUGGGUUGCGCUCCGUGGCAACCCGGAAGUAAUGGAGCUCAUUACUUCUGGGUUUUGCCGCAUGCGCAGAGGCUCAAAAUGAAGUCAUGUGCGUAAGUGGCGAAAUGCGAAAUUUUUUUUUUUUUUGUAUUUUUCUUUUUUUUCUUUCACUUUUUCUUAUUUUGAAUUUUUAUUCAUAUGGUGGGAAGGGGUUUGUUUUUUUCUUCUUUUUCUACUUUGUCAACUAUUUUUAUUUUGUACUUUUUUCUGCUUCUAUUUUAUUUUUUAUUUUUUGUAACAUUUUGAAAAUUUCAAUAAAUAUCUAUUUAAAAAAAAAGAAAGAAAUGCGACCCGCGCAGACGCACAGUCGCGUCUUUUUUUUUUUUUUUUUUUUUUCAAGUAAAUUUUUAUUCAGAAUUUGUAUAAAGAAAAGAAAAAAGAACUAACAAAUACAAAAAUAAACAUUUUAACAAAAAAUAUUCAUCCUAUUUACAAUAUAAAAAUAUGUUCAUACAAAAAUAAUAUAACCAUUAGGCUCUCCUUAGCCUUUUGACUUCCCUUCACCUUGGUAAGUAUCAAUUAAGUCCCGGGCUGCGCAAUUAGUUUAUUAAAGUCUAUAGUUGGUUAGCUGACACAGUUUUUCUAAUACCGCCAGUUCCUAUGCUAUCCGUUCCAAUAUAUUUCCAAAACUCCAAUGAAAUUCUGGUCGUUCUUGGUCUCAGUAUUCUGCCUGUUAAUCUAUCUAGCUCGGCAUAGUUGAUCAUUUUGACCUGCCAGUCACGGUGUUAGGAAUGGUUUCUAUCUUCCAGCCAGCAUAAUCUGCGGCUGUAGGCAUGAGAAACAUUUUAUCUCAUUUAUUUCCUACCCAUUAUUCCCAGCAAAAAAAGGCCUUCAGGUCUCUUGGGAAAGUGUAUUUAAAAACUUUUGGUUCACAUAGAUUGCUUCCAAAAACCUUCACCUUGCUGCAUUGCCACCACAUAUGGUAGAGGUCUCCCUCCCCUUCACCACAUUUCCAGCAUGUCUUAUUUUCUGAUCUAUAGAUUUUAGCCAAUUUUGCCGGCGUAAGCAGACGCACAGUCGCGUCUUACAUUCGCUUCAGGAUGCGAAUGGGGCUCCAGGACGGAUCCUGUUCACAUCCAGAGGUAACACUGUAAAAGAACACAUUCUACUCAUGUAAAAACACCAGGCAGGCCCCACAAAUAACCCAGAGAUGCAUUUUAAAUAAAAGAACACAUUCUACUCAUGUAAAAACAUGCUGAUUCCCAGACCGUCCGCGGGCCGGAUUUAGAAGGUGUUUGGGCCUUAUUCGGCCCCCGAGCCUUAGUUUGCCUACCCAUGCAUUAAGGUAAAGGGACCCCGGACCAUUAGGUCCAGUCGUGACUGACUCUGGGGUUGCGGCGCUCAUCUCGCUUUAUUGGCCGAGGGAGCCAGCGUACAGCUUCUGGGUCACGUGGCCAGCAUGACUAAGCCGCUUCUGGCGAACCAGAGCGAACAGAAACGCCGUUUACCUUCCCGCUGGAGCGGUACCGAUUUAUCUACUUGCAUUUUGACAUGCUUUCAAACUGCUAGGUUGGCAGGAGCAGGGACAGAGCAACGAGAGCUCACCCCGUCGCGGGGAUUCGAACCGCCGACCUUCCAAUCGGCAAGUCCUAGGCUCUGUGGUUUAACCCACAGCGUCACCCGCGUCCCUUACCCAUGCAUUAGGUGGUUCAAAUGUACCAAGUUGCAUGGGACCCACUAUGAAAUUUAUAAAUGUUCAUAAAUAAAAUGAAAGAGGGGAAAUCUAGCGCCAAGUAGGACCUCCUUCUUGAGCUGUGAAAGUCUGCUGACCUGGGUUACAUGAAAAAGUAUCCCAAGAGAGCGAUACGGCCUGCAUUUCAAGUCUAGACGUUUCAGCAGGGAAUCGGUGAGGACAUCAGCUGGGGCAGAGGCAGGAGACCAGAAACCCACCCUGUGCCUGAUCUAUGAUUCUGUGUACUGGAAGUGCACACCCAGGAGCAGGGGGCUUAGAGAGACAUAGCCAAAGCUCAGGCUUCUGGACCUUGAGCUCAUCAGAACUGAGGCAGGAUUUCCCUUUGGUUUCUUCCCAGUGGAACUGGACCUGCGUUUCUAUCGCUCACCGCUGGGCAGCGAUGCCAACUCUGGGCAGCUGGUCGCUCUGGACAUUGUCGACAGCAAGCUGUACUUGACGUGCGUCAAGGAGGGAGAUGGCUGCCGCCUGCAGCUGGAGGUGAGUAGAGUAGUGAGUAGGAGGUGAGCAGUAGGGCUCCAGCGCCCCCCACAAAAUGCAUGGUGCUCCUCAGCAUAGCUGUCUACCGUCCCUUAUUUGGCGGGAAACUCCCUUAUCCCAGUGUUGUGUCCCGCUGCUGUCCCUUAUUGAUGAUGUCCCUUAAAUUUCCCGGGUUUCAAAGGAAGCAGCUCCUCUCCCUCCCUCCUCCAGGGAGGAGGGAGGCUCCAACUGUGUUGCUUGGCUGCGUUGCUCACCCAAUAAGGAGUCAAAGAACGACUGGGGGCUGGAGCUUGCAUGCCUUGUGCCGAUCAAAUCGGCCGCGUUGCCUGGGGACUCGCCUUUGCUCAGCGCUUCCCAGCGGAGAGGUGACGGUGGUUUUCCUUGCUGCAUCCCCUUUGCCGGGUUGCUGCACUGUGGGAACCACCGCUUGAGGCUUCGUUUGGCUGCUGGCUGGGCUUUCUGCCUUUGGCUCGGAGGGGCUCAGAAGUCGAACAUACCUGUGCCCGGAAAAUCCCUUAUUUUGGCUGCUGAUCCCUUAUUUUCGAGGCUGCUGGUCCCUUAUUUUCAAAUCUGUAAGUUGACAGCUAUGCUCCUCAGGCAGCUCUGUGUGGCCCCCAAGACUCUGGCUGUGUGUGCUGGGGAGUGUGGCAGCCCCCUGACCGCUCUCCCUUUCCUCUAGGAAGCGGAGAAGCCCCUGAAGGAAAUCUCCGGAGACAACCAGAAGUACCUUUUUUAUUACAAGCCCACCAGCCCAGCGAGCGAAACCUUCACUUUCCAGUCCCUGAUCUGUCCCGGGUGGUACAUGGCCACCCCAAACGAUAACGGCUACGUACAGAUGCACAACGUCAUCGGAGAACGUUUCUACACCGACUUUCAUUUAUUUUUAUAACCAUUAAUGUUUUCAGCCACAGUGGUAUGUUGGUUGGUUGGUUAUCUUUUUAGGCUGCCUGAAUUUCUCAGGGCCACGUAUGUACCACGUAUGGAAAUCCCAAUUCCUGUGCUUGCAGGUUAUACUAUUUAUUUAUUUAUUUGUCUAUUUAUUUAUUUAUUUCAUAAAAUUUAUACACCACUUCAUUGUAAAAAAAAAAAAAACUCUCAGAGCAGUUUUUGUCGACAUGUUUUUUAUCAUGUAUAUACUGUAUAUGGAAAUGUUGCAUUUAUUUAUUUGUUUAUUCAUUCACUUGCUUAUUUAUUUAUUUAUUAGCAUUGACCGACUUGAACAUUUUGAUGCUUACUGGAAGGAAUUUUUUUUAUUUUAUUUCAAGUACAGCAGACCAACACGGCUACACAACAUUCACCUACACAGUUUCCAAAUUCCAAAAGGAUAUCAUAGAUGACAAGUCUAAAUUGUUAAAGAAGGCAUAUAAUAUCCUGUUGGAAUGGGAAACAAAAGAUGAGGAAGUUAAAGCAGUAAUGAUUAAGUGGGCACAAGAUAUAGGUCACAACAUACAAUUAAACGACUGGAUAAGGCUUUGGAAAGUGAACUUGAAGUUUACGGAUUGUAUAUUGCUGAAAGAGAACUAUAUGAAAAUGAUGUAUAGGUGGUAAAGGUAAAGGGACCCCUGACCGUUAGGUCCAGUCAUGGCCAACUCUGGGGUUGCAGCGCUCAUCUCGCUUUACAGGCCAAGGGAGCCGGCAUUUGUCCGCAGACAGCUUCCGGGUUAUGUGGCCAGCAUGACUAAGCUGCUUCUGGCAAACCAGAGCAGCGCACGGAAACGCUGUUUACCUUCCCGCCGGAGCGUUACCUAUUUAUCUACUUGCACUUUGACGUGCUUUCGAACUGCUAGGUUGGCAAUAGCUGGGACUGAACAACGGGACCUUCUGACUGGCAAGCCCAAGGCUCAGUGGUUUAGACCACAGCGCCACCCGCAUCCCAUUAAAACUGGCCAAAAUGUACAAAACAGAACAAAAGAACUGUUGGAGAUGUAAAGAAGGAGAAGGUACAUUUUAUCAUAUGUGGUGGGAUUGUAAGAUUAUUAAAAAGUUUUGUGAAAUGAUAUAUAACGAUUUGAAAAAAAAUGUUUAAAAUAACUUUUGUGAAGAAACCAGAAGCCUUUCUGUUAGGUAUUCUAGGACAAGAAAUGUCGAAGGAAAAUCAGACAUUAUUUAUGUAUGCUACUACAGCAGCAAGAAUUUUAACAGCACAAAACUGGAAGACUGGAGAUAUACCAUCAAGAGAACAAUAAGAAAAAUUUAUGAGAUAGGCAGAACUGGCAAAGUUAACGAACAAACUGUGUAAAAAGGAUAAUAGUGACUUUGGAAAAGAAUGGGAACCUUUUACAACAUACUCGCAGACACAACAAAAAAACAUGGACCCGUUGGCAGAAUUUCUAUAAACAUUUACAAUUUUCUUUAUAGAAAACAAGAAAUACAAUUAGUGAUAACAGAACAUUAUGUAUAAACAGCAGAAUGUAACAUUUGGUUUAAUAAACCAGAAAUGGAAGGUGGGGGAAGUCAACGGGGAGGGGGAAACUAGAAAAUGGAUGUUAAAUGAUGAUGUUGAAUAUUUGUUUGAGAAAAGAAAAUCAAUAAAAAUUGUUUUUU